AAGAGUUUAAAAGAUCCCUGCUUUGCAAGGUCAUUUGAUGAGCAAAAAGCUCAAGUGGGAGGUUGCGAAAUUGAGAAGUCCUUUGCAUCAUAUUUAUUGGACCCACUGAUGAAAGAGUCCACUCUAACUCAAAACGCUCACUUCUCCUUCUUCUCCACGUUGCCCCUUAAGUUACACUUCUGCUUUGGAUGAUUGUUUUUUUUGGGGGGGGGGAUGCUGCAGAUCACUGUGAAGGACUGACCGAGGGAUCUACAAAGAGGAACUGUCUUGGCACUUGACAUCCUGACAAAGGUGCUCAGAUUUUCCCCUUUACCUGUGUGGGGUUUUCAGAUGGAAUAAUGCCUUCAUGUUGGAGUAGAAGAUCCUGGCUUCCAGCUUUGUUUGCUGCCACUCUGGUUGUUCCUCUUGUUCAUGCUGGAUCCGACCACGAGAGAAGGCUGGCAGGGUCGUCCUCGUGCUACGGAGGCUUUGACCUCUAUUUUGUCUUGGACAAAUCUGGGAGUGUGAUGGACCACUGGACUGAAAUCUACCAUUUUGUUGAGCACUUAGCUCAUAAAUUUAUAAGUCCACAAUUAAGAAUGUCAUUUAUCGUGUUCUCCACUGAAGGGACGAUUUUAAUGCGCCUGACAGAGGACAGAGAACGCAUCCGCAAAGGUCUGGAGGAGCUCCAGGGAGUUCAUCCAGGUGGAGACACCUUCAUGCACGAGGGCAUCCUGAGGGCCAGUGAGCAGAUAUAUCAUGGAAACACAGAAGGUUAUCGGACCGCCAGUGUUAUCAUAGCUCUGACAGAUGGAGAGCUACAUGAGGAUCUCUUCUUCUAUGCCGAGAGAGAGGCCAAUCGCUCACGGAGUCUGGGGGCCACAGUUUACUGCGUUGGGGUGAAGGACUUCAAUGAGACUCAGCUGGCGAAGAUUGCUGACAGUAAGGACCACGUAUUCCCUGUCACCGAUGGAUUUGAAGCUUUGCAGGGAGUCAUUGAUUCUAUCCUGAAAAGAUCUUGCAUUGAGAUUCUGGCAGCUGAGCCCUCCAGCAUCUGUGCAGGAGAGUCAUUCCAGGUUGUCGUAAGAGGAAAUGGAUUCCUCCAUGCACGCAAUGUGGAAAAGGUCCUAUGCAGCUUUCGCAUUAACGACACCCUAACUAAAAUGGUGAAACCUUUGAUCGUGGAGGAUACAUAUCUUCUCUGCCAGGCUCCUGUGCUUCAGGAUGAGGGAAUGGCAGCCAAUCUUUAUGUCAGUAUGAACGAAGGGCUCAGUUUCAUCUCCAGUUCGGUCACCAUUACGACUGUCAGCUGUUCUGAUGGGACCAUUUUGGCCAUCACUCUGCUCAUCCUCAUGCUGCUCCUCAUCUUGGCUCUCCUGUGGUGGUUCUGGCCCCUCUGCUGCACUGUGAUCAUCCAUGAGCCACCGCCACGUAUCGCGGAGGAGAGUUCGGAGGAUGAAGACGAUGAUACACCAAAGAAGAAAUGGCCCACUGUAGAUGCGUCCUACUACGGAGGACGGGGAGUCGGGGGAAUCAAAAGGAUGGAGGUCCGCUGGGGUGAGAAAGGCUCCACUGAAGAAGGAGCAAAACUGGAGAAGGCCAAAAAUGCCAAAGUGAAGAUGCCUGAGCAGGAGUUUGUGCAGUGCCCCACGCGUGUUCUCAACAACGGCAUGCAAAAACCCAUUGGAGCACACAAGUGGUACUCGCCCAUCCAGAGCAAACUGGAUGCAUUGUGGGCCCUUUUAAGAAAAGCCUACAACCGCGUGUCAGUGAUGAGACCUCAUCCAGGUGAUAAGGGCAGAUGCAUGAACUUUAUUCGCAUGAAGUCGCCCUCCUCUCGCUACCCCCACUACAACCCGUCGCCCAUCUACACCCCUCCCAGCAGGAGUCCACCCGCACCGCAGGGCACCCUUCCGCCAACCCCCGGCAGCCCACCGUUCUGCGCUACCCUGCCCAUCCUGCCUUUGACGCCCUCCGACGUAUGCCCCUCUCCUCCGUCCACCCCUCCCUACUACACCCCACCUCCCAAACGGGGUCUCCCACCCACCUCUCUGCACAUACCCGCUACGCCCGAGCUGCCGCCUACCCCGCCACCUCCCCUCUCGCCCUCCGGCACGCUGCCCCCGCUACCUCAAGGCCCCGCUCCUGGACGAGCUCCGCCGCCGGCCCGCCCCCCGCCACGCCCCGGCCUGUAGCUGACAAAGUGAGAACCCCAGCAAGAAUUCAAAGCGUGUGACCAUGUUUGAUUGUGUCUGCAGGAGACCAAAGCCCAGCAGGCCGUGGCGUACCUGCCUUGUGCAGGGGCCAACGCGGACCUGCCUUCCUUCCGCUAUUUGUCUACACUGACUUUUGUACACAUCUAGCCCAACGGAUGCUUGAAUUACUGACAUUGAAAUCACAUGAGAGCAUUCGUUCUACUGCGGAGAGCUUUAAGUGUCCGCUCCCUGUCCGGCAGAGAGAUGAUGGACUCGCACAUGGGAGCGUGCUCUUGUACAAAGAUGCCUCCAACUGCAUCAUGCAGAAUUCAACAAACCCUUUAGUUAUGAUGUCAUCAACACCUGAGCAAUUCAAUCUUUGAUAGCGAUUGUCCUAAUUUAGGGUCAGGGGUGAGUUUUGGAGCCCUUCCCAAUCGACUUUGGCUGUGAAGCGGUCUAUGAGGCUGGCUACACAAUGGACCGAUUGUGAUUCUGGACUAUUCAACAAGUUUCGUUGUAAGAAAGAGAGAGCGAGAGAGAGAGAGAAAAAAGGAUGGCCAUUUAUAGUGCAUGAAUAACUGUUCACACUCAUUUGCACCUCUGGAAAAUUUGGAGUCAAUUGAGCAAUUGGAUAUCACAAUCUUCAAAUCAGAAUGGGUGAUUCUUUUUGCCAUUCCGAACGGUCUCGAUAUAAACGUGUAGGACGUCAUCGUUUUCACACUUGACGAUAGAACCGUACCGCCAGAGCAAUGGGAGAACUUGUUUCAUACAAUUUGUACUUUUUGGGUUUUUUCCUUUUUUUUGAAAACUUUUAAUUGGUCCAAAGCUAGUGUAGGCAGGAAAAUUGGUUUAGUAUGUUUUAAUUGAUCCGUUGGCUCUUAUAUAUGAUAAUGCAGACAGUUUGAGAACUACCAAUGUUUCCUAUUCGCUUUUAAUUUGCGUGUGUGGACCACACUGAGUUUUUCAGCAUCCUCAUCACGUUCCUCAUUGUGCUGAAGCAGCAUGAUGCGAGUCACAGCUGGCCUGCUUUUAUGCACGUCACAGUAAACAACCGGGACUUGGACAUGACAUUUGGCGCUUGAAUGACCGCUGAUGUUCAACUCUGCGAUUGCAGAUGCUCAACUCUGCGAUUGCAGAUGUGGAGAAAGACAGGUCGCAAUCCGGGACCGUGCCUGAUCAUUGACAGAAAUAAGUUCCAUCCGUCCAUUGUUGUUUAGGGUCAUGGUCACAAGCCUUACCAUACUGCCUCAUUUUUUUAACAUACAGUUAACCUUCAGCCUUGUAAAGUCCUUCAAAACAUACUGAGUGUCAAGCUAAAACCUGGUUGCUUUUAAGAAAGUAUAAAUUACAGCUGCAUUGCGUUGUUGUUAGGAAAUAAGAAAAAAGACAGGAAAAAAUGGCUAAUGUGAGGUAGUUACACAUACGAUUCACAGAAGUUAACAAUUUCCAUUCCACCAAUCACUAUGUCUAGCUGCACCCUUACAGUUCAUAUGUAAUGGCUUUCUUUCUCCACCUACUGCUGACCUUAAAACGAGGUCGGUAUCAGCCUAAUAUCGGUUAUCGGCCCCCUCCCUACUCGUGUUUCGAUAUGUUUGUAUUUCAAAUUUAUCGUGGCUAUAAAUGUGCACCAAUUAUCUGUUAAUCAUAGUAUAGUCAUCAUUUAUUUGUUGUAUGAACUUUGCUAAGCAUGCAUUUACAAUGCUCAGUGUAAAGAUUUGUUUUGGUGUUAUGAUGGUGAGAUUAAUCACUCCGCAAUGUUGCUGCAGGUUGCCAAUCUGAAUGGCAUCAAAAUAAAAAAAUGGUAUGAUA